AUGAUUAUUGAAGGUGAGAAGUGGGCGUGUGAAGCUUGCGUCCGAGGUCAUCGCGUUAGCAAUUGUCACCACAGUGACCGCCCUUUGACCCAUAUCAACAAAAAAGGCCGCCCAGUCUCUCAAUGUACCCACUGUCGCGGCCUACGCAAGUCUCGAACAACGCACGUCAGUUGCCAGUGUGGUGGCGAUAAGAAAAAGAAGUCCGAUUCGGAAUGCCAUGGUGACAAGCGAGAUCUGAAGGACUCCCAUCGUUGUGGCUGCUGCCAUGGCCAGCGCUGUACUUGUGCGCUGAAAAAGGAAUCUCAUCUUGACCCCGUACCAGAGGCAGGCCUGCCUAUGUCUCUGUCGUCCAUCCCGCUUGAACCCCCACGGAAGCCCAUGCUUACUUCGACCAAGUCCGAGUCAACGUUGACCGGGCUGACGAUCUUCCGUGAUGGCCACCACAAACCCGCCCAUAAGCAUAAUGACAUGGCCCACAAGUGUGGAUUGCCGUACACAAUCCCACGAUCACAUACGAUUCACCAUCCAUCCGACAUGCCUCGUAGGUCGGUGGACCAUCUUCCAUUGACUCAAUCCGCCUUUGUUCAAGAACCGCUUUGCUUGUCAAUGGAGCCUGUGUCUCAAUCGCAGCAGACAUCACAUGAAGGAUCCCCCCACAGUUGCCCUGUGACUGGUUCAGAAGAGGUUCCCACCGCAGCUUCUCUCGAUCAUUCAUUCCUCGACAAUUUCACCCCUUCCACUGCCGCCAUGGAGAAUCCGAUAGACGGUUCCGCCAAUCCUACGUCUGCCCCAGCCACCUUGGACAAAUUCCCCCUGGAGCAAAUCAUCACCAGUGUUCCCCCGCCUCUCGACGUCUCGUCAUUCGCAUCGUUCCCGAAUACCUCGUCCAAUUCCCCGAUCACGUGUAUGGCAUUCCAAGAUCAGUAUCAAGACCAGUAUCAAGAACAGUACCAAGACCAGUACUUCACUUCUCCUGAUUCCGAGUUUCCAUUGGGAUCUGCCGGUACUGGCGCGCCAUCGGUUGACUGGUCAAGUUUCCCACUGUAUUCCGAUGUCCCUGCGACUACUAGCACCCAGGCUCCGUCAUACGCCAGUUACGAUUACAAUUCGUACCCCUCGGGUCUUCCCCCGCCAUCCUCCUCGGGCGAUAUCUCCGAAGUCGACGAGUUUGGACCGCUUCCUGCCCUUGGACAUACUGGUAACGACGUACACGACCUCCACAGCGUAAGCGAAGCGUCAGAUAUGGACCAUCUCCGUAUAAGCUCUGCCUCGUCACUGGUUGGACUACCUCAGGCGCGACUCUUGUCAUCCAAUGACCUUGAGUCGAUCAACAUUGACGAUUUCCUCAAGUCCACCAAUGAAUCCACCGCUGCGCUAGAACACCAGCUUCAAGCCAGCAUGGCAAUGGAGCCCAAGUCAAUCCCAGCGCAGGACAUGUACUCCAUGGCUCCCUCGCAAGAUGCGGUUCCCUCCUGGCCGGCCAACCUCUUCAACGAUGAUUCGACCCCUCCCAUGGAUGACGACUACUUCCGCCAGUCCUGGGCUCAAUAG